CAUUGUAAGAUCAUCACAAAUUUCGCCAACCUUAACGAAGUUUGAUCAAAUAUCAUACUUUUCGUUAAGCAAAAUGUCACCUAUGAAUAACAACCUCGUUUUCAUUGGUCUUGUAGCCCUUAUUUCCUAUGUUGCAUAUGCUACUGACCCUAAUCAACUUCAAGAUUUCUGUGUUGGGAUAAACGACCCUAAUGCUGCAGUUUUUGUAAAUGGAUUCUUCUGCAAGAAUCCAAUGCAAGCAAAGCCAGAAGAUUUCUUUCUUGGAGGGGUAUUCACAAAUCCUGGAGACACCAACGCCAACAGACUUCGGGCCAACGUUACUCUAGUAAGUGCAGUACAACUACCAGGGCUCAACACUCUCGGGAUAUCUCUAGCUAGAAUCGACUUCGCACCAUAUGGCGGACUCAAUGCACCCCACACACACCCGCGCGCCUCCGAGAUCUUGACCGUGAUCGAAGGAACUCUUUACGUCGGAUUUGUCACCUCUAACCAAGCAGAUGGUGGAAACCAGUUCUUUGCUAAAGUGCUUAACAAGGGUGAUGUUUUCGUGUUCCCACAAGGUCUAAUUCAUUUCCAAAUUAAUAUUGGUAAAUACCCCGCCAUUGCGUUUGCUGGAUUAAGCAGCCAGAAUCCAGGUACUGUCACCAUUGCUAAUGCUGUGUUCGGGGCUGAUCCACCUAUUUCUGUUGAUGUUCUCAGCAAGGCAUUUCAAUUGGAUGCCAACAUUGUUAAGCAUCUUCAGGCUCUUUUUGCAUGAUCCCAUAAUUGUUGGAUGUAUGCCAACUUUCUCUAGGCAAAGAUGUUAUCGUUAUGAACGUGUGUGUGCAAUAAUAAUUAAUAAUCCAAAAUUUUCCUCUUGGAUGUAAGAUAGCUUUGAGUGAUGAUGCUUGUCGCUUGAUGCUAUAUAUAAAUGUAGUAGUGUUUGAUUGUUGGUUUGGUAAGAUAAAUGGAAGCUUAUAUAUUGAGAGUUAAUUCU